GCUCAUGAAAGGAGAGCGGCGUGAGGAGCAGGGGCUGGGCCCCGAGCCUGCGGCCCCCCCGCAGCCCAAAGAGGAGGAGGAGGCCUUGAUCGAGUUCCACCGCUCCUACCGAGACCUCUUCCAGUUCUUCUGCAACAACACCACCAUCCACGGCGCCAUCCGUCUGGUGUGCUCCCAGCACAACCGCAUGAAGACGGCCUUCUGGGCUGUGCUCUGGCUCUGCGCCUUCGGCAUGAUGUACUGGCAGUUCGGCCAGCUGUUUGGGGAGUACUUCAGCUACCCCGUCAGCCUCAACAUCAACCUCCACUCGGACAAGCUUGUCUUCCCCGCCGUCACCAUCUGCACCCUCAAUCCCUACAGGUACACACAAAUUAAAGAGGAGCUGGAGGAGUUGGACCGCAUCACAGAGCAGACGCUCUACGACCUGUACAAAUACAACUCCUCGAGCACCCUGGGGACCCACCCCCGCGGUCGUCGCGACCUGCGGGAGACCUGGCCGCACCCGCUGCAGCGCCUUGGGGCCCCAGCCCCGCCCCCCGGGGCUCGCGGAGUCCGCAGCGCCGCCUCCAGCGUGCGGGACAAUAACCCCCAAGUGAACAGGAAGGACUGGAAGAUCGGCUUCCAGUUGUGCAACCAGAACAAAUCGGACUGCUUCUACCAGACAUACUCGUCAGGGGUGGAUGCGGUGAGGGAGUGGUACCGUUUCCACUACAUCAACAUUCUUUCUCGGCUGCGGGACACUUCUCCAGCCUCGGAGGAGGACAUGCUGGACAACUUCAUCUUCGCCUGCCGCUUCAACCAGGCCUCCUGCAAUCAGGCGAAUUACUCCCACUUUCACCACCCAAUAUAUGGGAACUGCUACACUUUCAAUGGCAAGAACAACUCUAACCUCUGGAUGUCUUCCAUGCCUGGGAUCAAAAAUGGUCUGUCCCUGACGCUGCGCACAGAGCAGAAUGACUUCAUCCCGCUGCUGUCCACAGUGACCGGGGCCAGGGUAAUGGUGCACGGGCAAGACGAGCCUGCCUUCAUGGACGAUGGCGGCUUUAACUUGAGGCCUGGUGUGGAGACCUCUAUCAGCAUGAGGAAGGAAGCCCUGGACAGACUUGGGGGCAACUAUGGUGACUGUACGAAGAAUGGCAGCGACGUCCCCGUGGAGAACCUUUAUCUUACCAAGUAUACACAGCAGGUGUGUAUCCACUCCUGCUUCCAGGACAGCAUGAUCAAGGAAUGUGGUUGUGCCUACAUCUUCUAUCCGUUGCCUAAGAACGCGGAGUUCUGUGACUACAGGAAGCAUAACUCCUGGGGUUACUGUUACUAUAAGCUCCAGGAUGCCUUUUCCUCAGACCGCCUGGGGUGUUUCACCAAGUGCCGGAAGCCCUGCAGUGUGACCAGCUACCAGCUCUCUGCUGGUUACUCACGAUGGCCCUCAGUGACAUCCCAGGACUGGAUCUUCCAGAUGCUAUCCCGACAGAACAAUUACACCAUCAACAACAAAAGGAAUGGGGUUGCCAAACUCAACAUCUUCUUCAAGGAGCUGAAGUACAAAACCAAUUCUGAGUCUCCCUCUGUCACGAUGGUCACCCUCCUGUCCAAUCUGGGCAGCCAGUGGAGCCUGUGGUUCGGCUCCUCGGUGCUGUCUGUGGUGGAGAUGGCUGAGCUCAUCUUUGACCUCCUGGUCAUCACAUUCCUCAUGCUGCUCCGGAGGUUCCGAAGUCGAUACUGGUCUCCAGGUCGAGGGGGCAGGGGUGCCCAGGAGGUGGCCUCCACUCCAGCUUCCUCCCUCCCCUCCCAUUUCUGCCCCUACUCCACAUCCCCGCCAGGCCCUGCUACCUCCCCAGCCUUGAUGGCCCCUCCGCCUGCCUAUGCCACUCUGGGUCCCUGCCCAUCUCCAUCCAACUUGGUGGGGGCCAGCCCCUCUGCCUAUACUUGGGGGGAGCCCUGAGAGGGAAGGAAAGUGCCCUCCCCUCCCAAGGCAGGCGCUUCCCCUGGUGGGAGGGGACCAGGCUUGGCAGGAUUAAAGAAUGUCUUGGGACUUCCUCUCGAGCUGCCUAACUGCCUUUGGUGUGGGGGAGGGAAGCAGGAUGGAUAAGGGGCUACAGAAAUUGCCCAGGAAACAGGAGCCAGGGAAUCUGCCUAGCAUUGCCCUGGCUUCUGUCCUGUACCCUCUGGUCCUGCCUCUAGAAGACUCUGAUUUCCCUACCUGACUGCCAACAAAUCUCCUUUUCCUUGGGAUCAGCCAAGUCAAACUUGGAGCUCAGACAAGGAACCUUCCUAGGAAACCACUGGCGACCGGAAACAAAACACAAGCAAGGGCACACAGAGCCAUGCACAGGUUUCCUACCCAAAGAUGACUGAAGCCAACCCCGGGCUUGGCCACACUGCUUUCCAGUGACACAGACAUUUGCUCCUCUUCUUGAACUUGAGUGGGGAACCCCACCCAAAAGCCCCCUUUGUUAGUUCUUGGGCAAUUCCCCUUCCCAGGGUAGGGGCCAGAACAGACCAAUGUAGUAAAGGCUUAGCCAUUCCUAGUUGGCUCCAGGCUUCUUCCAGCCUCAUCUAGCCUGUAUCCCCAUGGAGCCAUAUCCCAAUGCCUCUGUGUCCUUCAUGCCUCUGCAUAUUUGCUCAAACUAUUUCCUUGGCCUACAAGCUUUCCACACCAUCUGGAGAACUCCUAUGUAUCUCUUAGGACCCUAUUCAGACACCACUACUUCUGGGAAGCCUUCUGCCUCUUCUUAUCUGCCCCGGAUUUGAUCACUUCCCUCUCCGCUGGACUCCCAUAGCACACCAUAACGUCUCUUGGGGUGCCGAUGUUGCAUUAUACCUUCUUGUUCAUUUGUGUCUGCCUCCCCAGCUAGACUGUGAGCUCCUUGUGGUCAGGAACUGAAUCUUGUUCAUUUAUGUAUCCUCAGGGUCUAGCCCAGUGUCCCGCUUGGAGCAAGUAGGCAGGUGCUCAAUAAAUAUUUGUUGCAUA